UCACAAAAUCAUCAAAAUACUAGAAAUGUGAUAAAUGGGUAUUUAUAGUUUUCAUAAUUAAGCAUAUCAUGAUAAUUUUUAUAUUGGUGUGUUAGUUAAUUUUAUCUGCAUAUCUAAUAUUUACAAAUCGUAAAAUGUCACCGAGAUAAGUGAUUUAGAAAAAUUGAAUUUAAAACAUACUGUCGAAGAUCUUCAAUAUACCAAUAAUGUUGCAAGGAUAUGGACCUGUUACCCAAGCUCUUUUGGGGACACUUUUCACAUGGGGGCUGACAGCAGCUGGGGCUGGCCUGGUUGUUUUUAUUAGAGGAAAACAGCGCAAGUUGUUAGAUUCUGCACUUGGGUUUGCUGCGGGUGUGAUGACAGCAGCUUCAUAUUGGUCGCUUUUGGCACCAGCAAUAGAAAUGGCACAGGAUUCUGGUCUUUAUGGAGAAGACGGUAGAUAUGCCUUCGCUCCAGUAACUGCUGGUUUUCUUCUCGGGGCUGCUUUUGUAUAUGGAACAGAUUUGUUUAUUGAAUAUCUUGGAAUUAACUCACCCAAUAUGAUGAUAGCUUUAACUGAAAAAAAGUCCAGGGACAGUUCUCCAAACAGCAAACGAAAUUCAGCAACAUAUCAAGAAAUGCAAUUAAGAAGUUUAGAUACAACUAUAGAUGGAUUUGCCGACUGCCUAAAUAAUCAACACUCACAUAGGAGAAGAAAUAAAACCCAUGAUAUAAAAGAUGAAGUAAAUGUCUAUGCAAGUAAUGCUAAUGAAACCUCAUCAAAUUCUAAUGAAUUAAAACGAAGCCAAUGGAAACGAAUCAUGCUGCUUGUAGUAGCCAUAACGGUGCAUAAUAUACCUGAAGGAUUAGCUGUAGGGGUUGGAUUUGGAGCUGUUGGAAGCUCUGCCUCAGCUACAUUUGAGAAAGCAAGAAAUUUGGCAAUUGGAAUUGGAAUUCAAAACUUCCCGGAAGGCUUAGCUGUCAGUCUUCCUCUUCACUCUGCUGGAUUUUCAAUGUGGCGCAGUUUUUGGUACGGUCAAUUAUCUGGCAUGGUAGAGCCCGUUUUCGGUGUAUUGGGAGCCGUAGCAGUAGCCGCCGCGAGGCCAGCGCUGCCCUACGCUUUGGCCUUCGCUGCCGGAGCUAUGAUCUACGUCGUAGUAGACGAUAUUAUACCUGAGGCUAAUACGAGCGGUAACGGUAAGUUAGCCACGUGGGGCGCAGUUUUGGGUUUCGUGGUAAUGAUGUGUCUUGAUGUCGGUUUAGGAUAAAACAAUGCUACUUCGAUCUAGACCUAAUUUGUAGUAAAUAAAUGAUUCGAAUAA